GCAGGCCGAGGGCGGCAGGAGCUGCGUGCCGCGUGCGGCCACCUCGGGCGGCUGCGGCGGCUGAGCUUCGGCGGGGCCAUGCUGCGCCUCGCGGCCAAGCUGGUGGCCUUCUUUUGGCGGAGGGCGGAAGGUCUGGAGGAGGAGGCCGGGCCGCUGGGGCCCGAGCUCGCGGAAGGUGACACCAAGCUGAAGACUGUCCAGGGUGUCGUGACGAGGUACUGCAGCGAUUAUGGCAUGAUCGACGACUUGAUCUACUUCUCCAACGAGGCCGUGACCAGCAGAGUGCUUCUGAACGUUGGCCAGGAGGUUAUUGCGCUCGUGGAGGAAAACCAAGUGUCGAGUGGACUGAAGGCCAUCCGGGUGGAAGCUGUGUUGGAUAAAUGGGAGGAUGACAGCAGAAGCCAGGGCAGGGGGCCGUCUGACCCCAGGCCCCGGGUGCUGAUCGGCUGCGUGACCUCGCUGAUGGCCGGUGCCGGCUACAUCAGCCAGACCACCUACUUCUCCCUGGACAGCGUGUGUGAAGGUUUCCAGCCCUGCAAGGGAGACUGGGUGGAGGCCGAGUACUGGAUCCGGCCGGGCACGUGGAGCAGCGAGGCCGUCUCGGUGAAGCCGCUGCGGUACAAGCGCGUGGACAGGGUGUGCGUGUCCAGCCUCUGCGGGAGGAACGGCGUGAUCGACGACUGCAUCUUUUUCACCUUGGACUCCCUGAAGCUUCCGGAAGGCUACGUGCCGCGGAGGUUCGAUGUGGUCAGCGCCGUGGUGGUGGAGAGCAGCCAGUCGUGCUACGCGUGGAGGGCCCUGUGCAUGACCCCGGCGCAGCGGCGAGGCUCCCCUGCCCUUGAAGAAGCUGCUGACGAGACCCACGGAGCUCUUUUACUGGAAAACAAAGGCGGUGUUGAAGUCACGAGGCCGACCAGUCUGGGGACGCUGAGAGAAGGGACGAGGAAAAGCAUGGCCAUCUGGAUAGAGAACAAGGGAGAUGUCCCCCAGACCUUAGUCAGCUGCAGACUGGCUGGCUGGGAUAAAGCCAAGCAGUUCCGAUUUCAGAUGCCGGAUAAAAUUCCAGUGUGCCCCACAGAGUCUGUUGUUUCUGCUCCUGAGAAGAAUUUUUCAGAUGAAGACGUUAACUCGUUAGACAGCUGCAGAAAAGACAAAACCCAUCCGAUGCUGGCAGGUGGUUCAGUGAACAACGAAGGAGCCUCCGCAGAUGCCGGCGUCUGUCAAGGAGAAGGUGGAGAAAAGGAAGCGGGUGUGUCCUGGGAGCAGGCGACACAGCCCGAGCCUGGCGGGCUCAUCCCUCCGGGUGGAAAAACCAUGCUUGUGACUACGUGUGACGCCAAGAAUCCCGGCCGCUGCAGGGAGCUCCUCCUGCUUUGCUUCUCCGAUUUCGUCGUCGGGCGGUUUCUCGAGGUGGACGUCGUCAGUGAGGAGGAGUCACUGGUCGCUGUGCGAGAGCCGUUCUCAUGGAAAAAGUCCAGAACCUCCCCGGCGUCAGCGUCCACGAAAACUACAGUGGUCGUCACCACGCAGAAAAGGAACUCCCGACGGCAGCUUCCCAGCUUCCUGCCGCAGUACCCGACUCCGGACAGGCUGAAGAAGUGCGUGGAGCAGAAGAUGGACAUCCUGACCUUUCAGCCGCUGCUCGCAGAGCUUCUGAACAUGUCCAACUACAAGGAGAAGUUUUCGACUUUGCUCUGGCUCGAGGAGAUUCAUGCCGAGAUGGAGCUGAGAGAGUAUAACAUGAGCGGGGUCACCCUGAAGAGGAACGGGGGCCUGCUGGUCCUGGAGGUGCCGGGACUGGCCGAGAGCAGGCCUUCUCUGUACGCAGGUGACAAGCUGAUUUUAAAAACCCCGGAGUACGACGGACACGUCAUCGAGUACAUCGGCUACGUCGUCGAGAUUCGUGAAGAGAAUGUAACUCUUAAACUUAAUCCGGAAUUUGAACAAACAUAUAACUUUGAACCUAUGGACGUGGAGUUUACUUAUAACAGGACCACCAGCCGACGGUGUCACUUUGCCCUUGAGCAAGUCGUCCACUUGGGUGCGAAAGUGUUGUUUCCAGAAGAAGUCAUUUUGCAGUCUCCCCAGGUGACAUGGAACUGGAGCCAUGCCCGGGACCCCCCACAGGACGGGCAGUCCACCUCCAAGAAUAGGAAAGCCACGAAGGACCAAACUAAGCCAGCACCAGAGGAGCAGCGGCGGGCAGGUGCUCAGGACACUGCGGGACCUCCGGCCUUCCCUGGGGACGGGGGCCUGGUCACCGGAACCCCGAGAGCCAGGGAGGGGUUUUUCAACCCGAUGCUGAACGAGAACCAGCAGUUGGCGGUGAAGAGGAUCCUGAGUGGCGACUGCCGCCCGCUGCCCUACGUCCUGUUCGGGCCUCCUGGGACUGGGAAGACGGUGACAGUCAUAGAGGCUGUGCUGCAGGUGUUCCACGCUCUGCCGGACAGUCGGAUCCUGGUCUGCGCGCCCUCCAACAGCGCGGCCGACCUGGUGUGUCUGCGGCUGCACGAGAGCCGGGGGCUGCGGCCCGGCGCCAUGGUCCGCGUGAACGCCACCUGCCGCUUCGAGGAGGUGAACCAUCUGGACGCCAUCAAGCCGUACUGCAGAGACGGGGAGGACGUCUGGAGAGCCUCCCGCUUCAGGGUCGUCAUCACCACGUGCAGCAGCGCGGGCCUCUUCUACCAGAUCGGGCUGAGAGUUGGACACUUCACACACGUGUUUGUGGACGAGGCGGGCCAGGCCAGCGAGCCCGAGUGCCUCAUCCCCCUGGGGCUGAUCUCGGACAUCGAUGGCCAGAUCAUCCUGGCCGGAGACCCCAUGCAGCUCGGACCCGUCAUCAAGUCCAGGCUGGCCAUGGCCUACGGGCUGAACGUCUCCAUGCUGGAGAGGCUGAUGGCGCGGCCAGCAUACCUGCGGGAUGAAGACGCCUUCGGGGCCUGUGGCGCCUACAACCCCUUGUUGGUGACGAAGCUCGUGAAGAACUACAGGUCCCACUCGGCACUGCUGGCCCUGCCGUCCCGGCUCUUCUACCACCGCGAGCUGGAAGUGUGCGCCGACCCCAAGGUGGUGACGUCCCUGCUGGGCUGGGAGAAGCUGCCGAGGAAGGGCUUCCCCCUGGUCUUCCACGGGGUGAGGGGCACCGAAGCUCGUGAAGGGAGAAGCCCGUCGUGGUUCAACCCCACGGAGGCUGUGCAGGUCAUGCGCUACUGCUGCCUCCUGGCCAGGAGCGUCUCCAGCCAGGUGUCUGCCGGGGACAUCGGCGUGAUCACGCCCUACCGGAAGCAGGUGGAGAAGAUCAAAAUCCUCCUGCGGAACGUCGGUCUGGCGGAGGUGAAGGUCGGGUCCGUGGAGGAGUUUCAAGGGCAAGAGUAUUUGGUCAUCAUCAUCUCCACUGUAAGGUCAAACGAAGAUAGAUUUGAAGACGAUAGAUACUUUUUGGGAUUUUUGUCCAACUCGAAAAGAUUUAAUGUCGCCAUCACCAGACCCAAAGCCUUGCUGAUCGUGCUCGGGAAUCCUCACGUUCUCGUGCGGGACCCCUGUUUCGGUGCGUUGCUGGAGUACAGCAUCACAAGUGGUGUUUACACGGGAUGCAACCUGCCGCCGGAGCUGCAGGCCCUGCAGAAGUGAGCCCUUGGCCGCCUGCGGGAGGGGCUCCGGCCCCGCCCCGCCCCCACCGAGGGCCCCACCUCCUGGCGGCAGCCGCCCCCCCUCCACCCAGUCCUGGGAUGACAUUUCGGGGCAGCGGCCCCCUUCCUGUGCCCCUCCUGGAACCACCCUGGCCCCCCCCACCUUUGGAGGCCACGGCUGUGGCCAAGUGUGCGGCUGCCCCUUCCUGCCAGCAGAGCCACUGUCUGCGGGAGCCGGAAGACGCCCCGGAGCCCCCGCUGAUGAAGGUCUGGGCGGGGCCCCUGCCAGCCUGCCUCGUCUUUCAGCCUUGGUCACAAGCACCGGGGCUCCUGGGUCUGACACCCGCUCAUGCCGCUGUCAGCUCCGCACGCUGGCCGGUGCCCACCCUGCCCCUGGAUGGUUACUGCAACCGUCACUGCAAUAAACAUGGGCGUGGGCA